AAGCAAAGUACGAAUGGGUUGCAACCAAUCGAAGAUCGAGAACGAGGAAGCGGUGGCGCGAUGCAAGGAGAGGAAGUGGUACAUGAAGGAGUCGGUGUCCUCCCGCAACACAUUCGUCACCGCCCACUCGUCCUACGACACCUGCCUGAAGAACACUGGCGCCGCCCUCGGAGACAGGGACACACUGCCACUACCCUGCCACCAUCCCCCGUGCCGCGUGUCGCUGGGCGCGGUGGAGUGCAGAGAGUGGGGAACGAGCUGUACAGAAGCGGCAGCUUCGCGGAGGUGUUGGCGCUGUACGAUUUUGCAAUCGCCAUCUCGCCGGGGAACACCGCAUGCCGGAGCAACUGCGCGACGGCGCUCACGGCGGUCAGGAGGCUCGGCAAUGUCGCGAGGGAGGGCCUUGAGGCUGUGAAGUUGGACCCUGCUUAUGCCAGAGCGCAUAAGAGACUUGCUUCAGGUUAUCUUAGGUUUUGACAGGUUGAAAAUUCACGGCGGCACUUGUGUCUCUCUGGGAUUCACGAGGAUCAAUCUGAGGAGCAGAAGCUAUUGUUGUUGGAGAAGCAUUUGAAUCGCUAUGCUGAUGCAAGAAAAUUUGGUGAUUGGAAGAGGGCGCUUAGGGAAUCAGAAGCAGCCAUUGCUGUUGGAGCAAAUUUUUCGCCUCAGGAUUGUUGAGGUGUGAUUGAUUUCUGUUUCCAAAAGUUGUUUGGAGUUUUCAAAAUGCAACUAAACAAGGUUGCUGAGAAAGCUGGUGGAGUCUUGAAGAAGGCUAUUGAUUUCUACGGUAUCACUUUUCCUGAUUCCUUCGCUUUUAUCAUUUCCUACAAUUAUUAUUCAAUACUCAAUUUCAUUUUGCUAUCUAAUAUUUUGUAGUGCUCCAUGCUUGUUUAUUUGCAUAUACUUUGUGUUAUUUGAGUAUUGAAUUAACAGCAGGACAUAUAGGUUUGAGUUUGAUUUGUAUAUUGUCGUGGACUCUUAGUCGUGCCUUGUGCUAAAUCGGACCUAUUUUAAUUUAACUCGCUUAGGAUGUUUUUAACAGAAGUAACUGAAUAAACCAUCAAUUUAGUUUUUAAAGUAUUACUCUCUUUCCUAAUUAGUCCUUAGAUUAACCAAAUUAUAUAUACAGUCCCUAAAAUAUUAGAAAAUAUGCUACAUAUUCCUCAAAACAUUGAAAACCUUCAGUUCCUCUCAACAUGAGUGAUUAGAAAAAUAUAAUUGGGACUAAUUUGAUGAGUUUUCGGUACAUUUUAAAGACCAUUUAAUAUUUAAGAGAGGUGAUACUUCAAGGACCAACUUGAUUGUUUAGUCAAAGUAGUAUCAUUGGUUGGAACUAUGUCGAUCUCCAUGUUUUUCUAAGAAUGGUCUUAUUUUCUGGUGUCAUAGAGGAAGUGAAGGCAAAGCAUCCUAAGAUUACAUAUGCAGACCUCUACCAGGUGAUCAUUUGUCUUAAUUCAGUUGUUGUGAAAGUUUAUUGAAUCUGAUAAUUUUGUAUUAAAUUUGUUGGGUGAAAACUGAAAAUCGUAGAAUGGGGUUAAUGGACUUCUAAAUUUUCUUGGGAUGUGCAUGAUAAUUGAUUCAGGGUUCCGUUUUCUGCCACGUUCAAUUAAAAUUACUCUUUUUGUACACCAUUUUUUAUUCAGAGUCAUGGAUAUGCUGCUAGGCUUUGGUUUUUCCGUAGUGUUAGGUGGGGUUAGUUUAUGACUCUUUUUCUUUUUUGUUAAUUGAUCAUGAUUGAAUUUCAGUAUGAAGAGGACAAAUGAAUAUUAAAAGUUGCAGACUUAACAUGCCUAGUGAUUUAGUGCCUUGUUACACUUGAAACUCGUCCUCUUAUACCUGCUUUGGACUAGUGAUGUAGUGCUUUGUUACUCUUAAGACUCACCCUCUCAUAGCCAUAAUGUUUGACAACUCUAAUGCGGCCGUGAUAUGUGGUUCUGAUUAACAACUGCAUAGCCUCGGACUAUGAUGGAUAUCAAAGUCCUCGUGCAAACAAUCACAUUUGCACCCACAACCACAAUUUAAAACUAAAGACCGCGGUUGCAAAUAGAUUGACAAUUAAGUGUAUGGAAGCAAUGUGAGUGUAUGGAAAUGAAUUUCUUGAGGUUCCUAACUAUUAGUUUUAAUAUUUCUUUUAUUUUACUAUAUUCCUCUCUUGUCUUAAUAAUAUUAGUUUUAAUUUGAAAAGUCAGAGCAAUCUUGCCCUGCUCCUUGUUACUAUUGUGGCUCUGAUUUUCUUCAUGCAGGUAUUGUUGAUAAAAAAAAAAUUGUAGCAAUUACUGGCUUCAAAAAGCUUUUAGCAUUCAGUUAUUUCAGAUAUGAAGUUACCUCUAACCCUUUAUUCUGUUGCAGCAGUUUAGCAUACUUGUGCUAUUGUCCAGACCUCAGCACAUACAUAUGAACACUCUUGUAGAGUUCACGAAUAGGAUGGAUAGUGGAGUGACUAGAAGUCCUUAAGACAUAGCGUGGAUGGAGAAAAGAAUUCAUCACCUUAAAGAUGAGAUGUACAUGGUUGAGGGUAGGCUUGAAAGGAUGAGGUAUGAAUAUUCGCUCUUAAAAAAGCAACUAAACGACCUAGAACAUAAGUAGCUACCAAAUUUCAUUGUUGAAUCAUAUAUUUCUCUACCAUUUUUUUGUAUAUAUAUAUAUGUAAUGUGAUGUAUCAAUAUGACAUUUAAUUUUGUAAAUUCAUUCUUCCUCAUUGUGCAUGAGAACGUCAUGUUAUACCCGAAAUUAAUUUGUGAUUUAGGGGUUGUUUGCCAGCAUCCCAAAUUAGGAUGAAAUGCAAUGGACCACUAUUAUAAUUUAAGGUUUAAUUGCAAAUUU